AUGUCUUCCCCCGAGCAUGGGGCGGCCGUGGGGACUCUUGCGACUGAACUGGCACUUGAACUAGCACACAUGGGGCCUAACACGCUGAACGAAAUCACGUCUUUUUCCGGGUCUGGUAUUCGAGCUGAGGGCAAGGGGAAGGCCGCCGACUUCGCAUGGGGACCUCGAGUCCCUCCAGCCGGUGCCGGUGCUACAGGAUCGGUGACAGUCGCUGUUGAAGUGGCUGUGUCUGAAACACCCACCAUGCUUAAACGGGACAUUGACUAUUGGUUGAGUCCCACAGCUGGAAACGCCAAUUUAGCCAUUGCCAUGAAAGUGAGCAGAUCAGAGGCUAAAGUCAGUAUUGAGAUGUGGCGGCAGGCUAGCAGAGGCGCUCAUCGCACCCAGCAUACAACCAUUUCGAAAGUGAACAACAGGGUGACAAUUUCGGGGGACGCGGUGAUUAUUCCAUUCCAGGAUUUGUUUGGAAGGGCGAAGUUGCCCCCAGCCGAGAGGGAUGGGAUGAUCAGCGAAGACCAAUUGAAAAGGGUGGCGGGAGCAAGCUGGGCUCAACAGGGCUUCUAG